CUCAUAGGCUGGAGUGCCUGGUGGGCUGGGUCGCGCCUCAGUUCGCCUGUAGGGAGCCCGCCCGGGAACGGGAGCCGAGGGGCCGGAGUUGGGCUGCGGGGAGGCUCCUCCGGCUGCGGGGCGGCCGAUUCGUUGGGGACCGCCGCGCUGGGUCUGCAGCAGCCAUGGGGUACCCGGUUCCUCGGGGGCAGGAGUGCCCCGUGGCUCCAGUGCACCAGUCCCUGAGAUGUCACUGAGAGCUGAAAGCCAUGCAGCUACAUCGACGCUGAAGAAAGUCGCUGCAGACAUGAGCAACAUCAUCGAGAGCCUGGACACCAGGGACCUCCACUUUGAUGGGGAGGAGGUUGAAUCAGAGGUGCUAAAUGACCCAAAAGGCACCGUGUGUAUUCCUUUCUCUGCCAUCUAUCACACCCAUGGGUUCAAAGAGCCGGGCACACAGACGUAUCUCACGGGCUGUCCUGUUCGAGUGCGUGUGUCAGAAGUUGAACGCUUUACUUCCACAAAGAAGGUACCAAGCCCCAAUGUUUACACCAUCGAGCUGACCCAUGGAGAGUUCACCUGGCAGGUGAAAAGGAAGUUCAAGCACUUCCAGGAGUUUCACAGGGAGCUGCUGAGGUACAAAGCCUUCGUGCACAUCCCUAUCCCGACCAGGAGUCACACGGUGAGAAGACAAUCCAUCAAAAGGGGAGAACCGAGGCAGAUGCCAAGUCUGCCGCACACAGCAGAGAGCACGGUGCGGGAAGAGCACUUCUCCAGCAGGAGGAAACAGCUGGAAGACUACUUGACAAAGAUCCUGAAAAUGCCAAUGUACAGGAACUACCAUGGAACGAUGGAGUUUGUUGGAGUAAGCCAGUUGUCGUUCAUCCAUGACCUGGGACCAAAGGGCAUAGAAGGGUUCAUCAUGAAGCGCUCUGGGGGCCAUCGCAUACCUGGCUUGAACUGCUGUGGCCAAGGGAGGAUGUGUUACCGAUGGUCCAAAAGGUGGCUGGUGGUGAAGGACUCUUUCCUGCUGUACAUGAAGCCAGACUCGGGGGCUAUUUCAUUUGUCCUGCUGGUGGAUAAGGAGUUCAACAUUAAGAUAGGCCAGAAAGAAACAGAAACGAAAUACGGGUUGCAGAUCGACAAUCUCUCUAGGUCAUUGAUUUUGAAGUGUAACAGCUACAGACACGCCCAGUGGUGGAGGCAGGGCAUUGACGAGUUUAUUCGGAAGCACGGCAAGGACUUCCUCACAGAGCACCGCUUCGGGUCUUAUGCAGCUGUGCGGGAGAACACACUGGCCAAGUGGUAUGUAAACGCCAAGUGGUACUUUGAAGAUGUCGCAAAUGCCAUGGAAGCUGCUAAGGAAGAAAUUUUCAUCACAGAUUGGUGGCUCAGCCCAGAAAUCUUCAUGAAACGACCAGUUGUGGAAGGAAAUCGCUGGCGGCUGGACUGUAUCCUCAAGCGGAAAGCACAACAAGGGGUGAGGAUUUUUGUGAUGCUGUACAAAGAGGUGGAGCUUGCCCUAGGUAUCAACAGUGAAUAUAGCAAGCGGACGCUUAUGCGCCUCCAUCCAAACAUUAAGGUGAUGAGACACCCAGACCAUGUGUCUUCCUCCGUGUACCUCUGGGCCCACCACGAGAAGCUUGUCAUUGUUGACCAGUCUGUGGCAUUUGUGGGUGGCAUUGACUUGGCAUAUGGCAGGUGGGAUGACGACGAGCACCGCCUGACAGAUGUGGGCAGCGUGAAGCGAAUGGUGGCAGUGAAGUCGGUGUCAGCAACUAACCUGACAUCUGCAGCAGAAUCUGAACAUGUCCCCCUGCAGUCACAAGCUCUGUGCCCUGAAAGCCCCUUGUUCCAGAGAAACAUUGAUGAUGCCCCAGACACAUCAAAAAUGAAAGGAGUAGGAAAACCCAAAAAGUUUUCAAGGUUCAGUAUUUACAAGCACCUCCACAAACACAGCAUGCACCAUGCUGACAGCGUCAGCAGCAUCGACAGUGAAUCAAGUUACUGUAACUCCACUAGAAGUCAGCCAAAUAUAAUCCAGAGUUUAAAGCCCCAUCUGAAAAUCUUCCAUCACCACAGUGAAUCCAAACAGGGGCUCACAGAGCCUCGGGAGGAUAAAGGAUCCAUCCGCAGCUUGAAGACAGGUGUUGGCGAGCUGCUUGGGGAAACCAGAUUCUGGCACGGAAAAGACUACUGCAACUUUGUCUUUAAAGACUGGGUUCAACUUGACAAACCUUUUGCUGACUUCAUUGACAGAUACACCACCCCGAGGAUGCCCUGGCAUGACAUCUCCUCUGUGGUACACGGCAAAGCAGCACGCGAUGUUGCCCGACACUUCAUCCAGCGCUGGAACUUCACCAAGAUUAUGAAGCCCAAAUACCGAUCCCUGUCCUACCCAUUCCUGCUGCCGAAAUCUCAGGAAACUGCUAAUGAGUUGAAGUAUCAGGUGCCCGAGGCUGUUCAUGCCACAGUGCAGGUGAUCCGUUCUGCUGCUGACUGGUCGGCUGGCAUUAAAUACCACGAGGAGUCCAUCCACAAUGCCUACAUCAGUGUGAUAGAAAACAGCAAGCACUACAUAUAUAUAGAAAACCAGUUUUUUAUUAGCUGUGCUGAUGACAAAGUUGUCUGGAACAAGAUUGGCGAUGCGAUUGCACAGAGGAUUCUUAAAGCUCACAGGGAAAACAAACGUUUCCGAGUAUACGUGGUGAUCCCGCUGCUGCCUGGGUUUGAAGGAGACAUCUCAACUGGUGGGGGGAGUGCGCUGCAGGCCAUAAUGCACUUCAACUACAGGACCAUGUGCCGAGGAGAAAACUCCAUCCUGGGCCAGUUGAAGACAGAGGUUGGAGAUAAGUGGAUAAACUACAUAUCAUUCUGUGGACUUCGAACAUAUGCUGAGUUGGAAGGAAAACUAGUCACAGAGCUCAUCUAUGUUCACAGCAAGCUGCUUAUUGCUGAUGACAACACAGUUAUAAUCGGCUCUGCCAACAUCAAUGACCGCAGCAUGCUGGGAAAGAGGGACAGCGAGAUGGCCAUCAUCGUGCAGGACACUGAGACAGUCCCCUCUGUGAUGGAUGGGGAAGACUACAGCGCUGGGAAGUUUGCCCAGUCCCUCCGGCUGCGGUGCUUCAGGGUUGUCCUUGGUGGCUCUGAUCUCAGUCCAGAACACCAGGAUCCUGUUUGUGACAGGUUUUUCAAGGAGGUGUGGAUUUCUACAGCAGCUCGCAAUGCCACCAUCUUUGAUAAGGUUUUUCGAUGCCUUCCCAGUGACCAGGUGAAUAAUUUAACCCAACUGCGUGAUUUCAUCAACAAGCCCAAAUUAGCGAACGAUGAUCCUGUGAAAGCAGCAGAAGAAUUGAAAAAGAUUCGUGGGUUUUUAGUACAAUUCCCCUUUCGUUUUCUGGAGGAGGAGUACUUGCUUCCCUCCGUUGGAACAAAGGAGUCCAUGGUACCCAUGGAGGUUUGGACUUAAGAAGACUGCUUUGUGUUUUAAACUCUGGUUCUCUAGAGACAAGUUGUUGAACAAUACAGGAUUUUGGAAAGCCCUUUAUUGCUGAGAGAGGUGACAGAUCUCCACCAAGCUAAUGUGCCUUUCUGAAGGAUUUUGGUGGAGGAACUCAAAGGAAGUCAACACUAGCAAAGGGGAGGAGCAGAAAGACUUGGAAAUUAUGGCAGAUGAGAAGUUUAACCUCUGAAGGAGUUACUUCUUAUGGCACGUUCUGAGUGCCUAAAGGAUGCAGGCCACUUCCUAGGACAAGAAACAAAUCCCAGUUGCUGUUGUUACUACUGCCAGCUGUAUAGUGUGGUUGCAUACGUACUGUGAUUGUGCUGUGGCUGUGCAGGAAUCGUGGGCUGCAUGUGCUUCUAAGGUUUUCGGGUAUCUGCGCCUUGGCUGGCUGGAUCCCCCAACUUACCCCUUUCAUAUGCUGUCAGAGCAUGUCAUACAGCUCUGGUGCUGUCAGGAAGUGCUGUUUGGUGCUGCCUUGGGCUGUCCUACCACUUGCAGGUGUUUCACUUCUUAAAUGGAAAUGGACUAAGAAUCUUGUAUCAGAAUCAGCAUUUCAGUCUUUCCUCCCCUUUGGGGGGAAAAACCCCAGAUGUUUCUAUCACAGCUAGAGCAAUCAGCAGUCCUCACAUGCAGUGCAUGGCACUGCCUAGGUCUUGGCAAAAGGCAGCCUCAAUGGAGCUGGAGGUGCUGAAAUCACCAGAGUUUGCUGGCCUUUGCAGACAUGUAACACGUCAGUUUGUUGAGACUGGGUGUGCAUGCUUUCUCCAGGAGAGGAUUAAGGUUUAAACUCAAGCCUUAGAUAAUCUCUGGAGCUGAAAGAGAGCGAGGCACUGCCUGUAAUGGGACAGAAACUCGAAACCCAACGUGGGCCGAACAAAGCUCUGUGCUCUGCGUCCUCCAUUCAUACAUUUAAUUUGCAGUACAAAGAUAGACUUUUCUUUCCAUCCCUUUCUUCCCUUUUAAGAGAAAGGCCAUUAAGCUGGAGCUGAUACCAUGCUCAAACUGAGCUGACAUGUCGCUUCAUAGGUGGGAUGUAUAUAAGGGGGAAGGGAAGCAGUUAGCAAAGCCUUCGCUGUGGUCUACUUUGUUAUUAGAACAACCACAAUCUUUGAGCUCAGCCAUGCAGGAUGUGCCUUCCUAAGCACAGGGGAAACUCAGCAUGCCCAACCCUGUUUUCCAUUUCUGAAAGACAGUUUCCAAAGCUAUUUUGUAUCUCGCUGUGCAGCAAAUCAGCAAUUUCACUCUGCAUCCCUAGGCAAAACACCACGACUCAGGACCUCACAUGGUGGGUGCUGUCUUUGGGUCUUUGCUCUACCUGCAGUGAGCCAUGCCUCACAGUUUUAUGUCCAGGUCCAACUGCAAUCCCAGGAGAGGUGUUCCCUGGCAGUCAGCAGUGCCAUGUCAAACACUAAGAGACUGGACUGUUAGAAAUGCCUAGUGAAGAGUCGUAUCUGGAAAAAUUGGGAGGCUGAGCUCCUCGGCUGCUGUGGUGUAUGGGGGAAACCCUUUGCUAGCUGCAUUUUAACCCUGUGCCCAACAAUCCUUAGUCAAAAGACCAGGUGAGCUAUUUAAUUCACAAGCAAGUUUAGUUUUAUCUUUCCUGCCUCUUCUACGGUCUUACUCAUUUUUUUAACUGGAAAAGAAUCCCACCAUUUGCCUAGCUAUUCCUGAAACAGCUGGCACAUUUUAGCGGAUUGCCUUCGAUGUCUUCAGAUGUGUAAAUAGGAACCAGAUAAUUCUGUACCUACUGCAUCACCCAAGUAAGUAACAACUCCAGGCAUUCUUCCAGCCCUUUCCUGCAGUUCCCACUGUUUUACACUUAUGUUUUGUAGAUACAGUUGCAUAUUACACUCCUUUCUGGUCUGUUCAUCUGUGGUCUGGCUAGCCUGAUGGAAGUGCAUGUGCAGCAUUUUAUGUGGUGAUCUUUGGUCCAGGGGAAGGUGCUUUUAGCUGAUGCACUGUUAGCAGAUAAGUAGGUUCCCUUGAUUUUUUAAUUUUUUCCUUAAAAAAAAUUGACCUGGGGUCACCCCCUGCAGAACCAGAGCAAUACGUGCUCCGACCAUUUGCAAUCAAGAAAGAUUAAAUUGUCUUGUUAUUUUACAUCAGUGCAAGUUCAGAGCUUUCCUCUCCUGAUAUGUUUUUAGCUGUUUUAGUUUGAACAAAGCUGCUAACUUUAAACAAUUACAGCCUGUCAAAGAAUCAUUGUACGUCACACAGAUCUGUAUUCAUAGUUGAAAAGGGAGCAUUCAACCCUGCCACCCCUACACGUGAACCUUGAAGAAGUGCAGGACUCCUGUCAUCUUCUAAGUGCUCUUAUUGUCUCCAUCCUCAUAUUAGCAAAGACUUUUGUAAGUGUUAAAUUAUCCUUAUAUUGUCUCUUAAAGUGGUAGGUAGAUAACUACUGGGGCUUCAUAACUCCAGUGGCAUUAAGUCCCCUUCUGCCAGGCUCCUUUGGGGAAAA